UUUAAGGUUAUGUUAACUUAACCUUAAAAAUCGAAACAUAAAUAAAUAUAAAAAAAAUGGUUAUUUACGGUGUUUAUAUCGUUUCAAAAUCAGGGGGAUUAAUAUUUAAUUUAGAUCAUAACGUUCCGAAAAUUGAAACUGAAAAAACUUUCUCAUAUCCUUUAGAUAUUAAGUUACAUUAUGAAAAUAAGAGGGUUUCUGUAGAAUUUGGGCAAAGAGAUGGAAUCCACGUGGGACAUGUUCUUCAAGCGAUUAAUGGAAUGCCAGUUUCUGGAAGACAACUCGAUGAUGGUCGAGAUGUUAUGGAAGUCCUUCAGAAUAAGGAAAAUUUCCCAAUAAACUUACAGUUUGGAAGGCCUAAAAUGACGACGAAUGAAAAGAUAUUUUUAGCAAGCAUGUUUUAUCCAUUAUUUGCAAUCGCCAGUCAGCUUAGCCCAGAGCCAAAAUCCUCAGGGAUUGAAGUCCUUGAAGCUGAUACUUUUAAAUUACAUUGUUUUCAAACCUUAACAGGUGUUAAAAUGAUGGUUUUAGCUGAUAGAAUUCAAGCUGGAAUUGAUAUUCUUUUGCGACGCAUUUAUGAAUUGUAUUCAGAUUAUGCUUUAAAAAAUCCUUUUUAUUCUUUAGAAAUGCCAAUAAGGUGUGAAUUAUUUGAUACUAAUCUAAAGCUGGUUUUAGAGCAAGUCGAAAAAACUGGUACAUUAACUGUUUAAUUAUUUAAUAAAUAAAGAAAUAUAGAUGUUAUUUAUUAUAA